CUGUAAAUAACAGCUGUCAAUUUAUUGCUGCUCUAAAAAGUUGUAGCGCACAAAUUUGACCACAGAAAAAAUUAAGUUACGAUGACGGAUGAAGCACAAAUUCCUGAGCAGAUAUUAAACGAUAAAAAUAAGCAUAGCGUACGAUGUAAUUAUUGUUACUCACUAAUUCUUAAACCACAACUCGGGGAGUAUGUCGAACAUGAGUUCGAAUUACCGCUAAUGCAGCAGAAGCAUCUGAAGGACGCAGAAAUUAUAGAAACAGAAAUGCUUAACAACUUUUGGCGUGUCGAUGACAUAUUUACAUUCGAGAAUAUCGGCUUUUCUAAUACUGUGGAUAAUCGUAAAUUUUUGAUAUGUGCAGACUGUGAGAUGGGCCCAGUGGGUUAUCAUGAAAUCGCCAAUAAAAAAUGUUAUGUUGCACUAAAACGAGUUAGACACGGCAGUGAACCGGACGCAGUAAUGGAACCAGAAGCCGACAAAGAAGAGGAUGACGUGUAAAUAAUAUGUACAUAAGUGUAUUAUAAUCAAUUGCCGGUAGAGGAGCACUACAUAGGCAUGGAAUUUAAAAUGCAAUCGCCAUUCGACAUUAGCGUUAGCUUAUCUUUUUUGUAUUUUUGCUUUUUCCAUUAAAUCUAUUCCAUAAUCUUAUGCAGCAUUUGAUUAAAUAGAAGAAAGUAUAAGCGAAUAGCGUGAAUAAUUUUUAUAUAAUAUUAAAAACUAUAAGUAUAUAAUUUUGUAUGUUCUAAUAAAAAUAUUUACAAUUGAA